GUCGGCCAACGUCUCGCACCGCAGCCCCCGAGCUAUUGCUCUCAAACGCCUCCUCAGGCCUUCCUUGUUCCACUCCAUUAAAAGGGUGAAACUUCUUCAAGAUCUCUCAUCCCUGUGUGGCUGGAAGAGAAAAGUUGGUCGGUGAGCCUGCCAGAGAAAGCAACCAACUACACUGACUUGAGAUCGGAUAUAAUAAUAUGGACUAGUGCCAAUAUACGGAGAGAAACACGCAGAGGAUGUUCUUGCGCAGCCAGCAGGGGCGCAAGUGAAAGGGUUGACUUGGCAGCCCUCGACCUGCCUCCUCACCGGACAGAGCGAUGCGAAGAGCAUGGCCAGCAGCCCCGAGGUCGCACCCCCUGCCCGCUCGAUGACCUUCCUGAUGGUGAGUGCUGAUGCAAGUAGGGUUCUGCUAGGUCAUGUCGAGACCUCUUCGCCAACACCACCUCCGCCCUCCAGCAACCAUCGACGCGACCCUGACCGCGGUGCCGCCGCCGCCGCGACUCAACCACGUGAACCACUUUCAACGACGGCCCGCUUGUCUCCGGAACAACCACUUCAAACCUGUGCCAUUUGAGCUUGUCAAUCACGACCUAGAGGAGCAGGAUAUCGCAUCAUGCUGCCACCAGUGUUGUUGUGUGCCGCUGAAAGCCGAGUCGUAUUUGGACACGGCGGUGAACAUUCUGUGGUUCCUCACCCCUUUAACGGCCACCAUCGCGAUGAUACUGGUUGCCAUCGCGAUGACCACGAAUCAGUGGUUGAACACAGAAGAGAAAAUGCCCAAUUCCAACUACAACGGCACCGGCGAGAGGAACUACCUCUCCAAAUACACCGUCAGCGGACUCUGGUCACUUUGCUACACCAAUCCCGGGGAGCGCGAGAUGCAGUGCUUCAAUAUCGACUAUUUCCCGAGAGAGGAAUACAGCCCCGACCCGAACGACUCCACCAUGGCCAUUCCAUAUGCAAUCACGAAAUCAGCGGUCUUUUUCAUCGUGUCGUCCAUCCUGUUGGUCCUCGCAGUAAUAUUCUGUCUUGCCGGACACUUGGCUAGACACAAACGCAUCUUCACCUUCCUUUCGGGGCUCAUUUUUAUCAUAUCAGGUCUGCUGAUGCUGACUGGCCUGGUGAUGUACAUCUCAGUGUUCAAGGCGGAGAUCGGCAGCAAGUUGCGGCCGCGCUCGCAGCUGCAGCCGCCGAUGUUCACCUACAGCUACGGCUUGAGUUUCCUGCUGGUGGUGCUGGGCUUCGUGGCGACCGAGGGCGCCGGCACGUGCGCCGUCUUCCUCUACAUUUACUGGCACCAACGCGACUGGCGCCACAAAAGCCACGCGCGGCCCCCGCCGGCCAUGCCGCCUCCGCCGCCCCACGGAGUGCCGCCCCCGCCUUCGCCUCCGUACUGCCAGCGGCACCUCAGGCCUAUUCUGAUGCGGCGCUGCAGCUACGGAAGCGGUUCGCCGCCGCCUCCGCUGCCUCACCACGUGCCGCCUCCGACUGUUCCGCCCCUGCCGCCGCACUACCUUCCUGAGGAGGACGAGGGCGAGUGUUCGGGAAGCUGCACGGCUAGCCCUGACAGCGAGGUGAGUUUACGGUGCAGAUCGCAAGGGACCCUGACUGCCAUCCACAGGGACCACGGAGGGGACGGCCUGGUGCGCGACGCGUGCCCCUGUCUCAGCAUGGAGCCCAUUUCCAGGGAAAACACGUGCAACACAGUCUCCACGACGGCUGACAUCAACUGUGAUUUUGGACAGCACGAGUUCGUCUCGUUCGAGCCUCCGGCGCCGCCGCCUCCGCUGCACCACCAGACGCCCGCCCGGAGUGACAUUGCUCUGGACACGAUCGAGUACCCCAACUAUGGCACCCUCAGGAAAACAACUCCAGUGUGAUCAGUGUGCUUCUAAAUAGAUUUAAAACGAAGAACUCGAAAAAACUGACAAAAGAAGAACUGUAAUUUAACCGUUUUCUAUGAAAUGUUGGUGAAAGAGAAAAAUAUUAUCUGCAUUUUGUGUGACGAGAGUUUGAAAAAAAAUUAAGUUUGGCGUAUUUAAUGUUUAAAACUGCUGGGGCAAUCCAGACUUGAAAGAAAAUUUACAUAAAUAUUAUAUACAAUGUUUUCCAAAGUUUCGGGAGGUUUUCAUCCAAGGCAACUAAAGAAGUUUUAAUAAAUGUUGUUUAUCAAUAGCACCUAAAAUAUCAAACUAAAUAAACUUGUGCAUUUGUUGACAAUUGAUUGUGAUGAGAGGCAACGUUGAUUGCUUCCUUGUUGGUUUGAAUAUAUGAAAUAAUGAAGGUGAAUAAUCUUUAAAAAGCCGUGGUGACUGUUUUCGUAAUUUUUAACUACAAUAAACCUUAAUAGGAAUAAGAAGUACGACCUCAAAUACUGCCAUUUUAUAACACAAAUUUUACGUUCACACACACAUGAAAGCUGCGACCCGGAGUUUUGAAUAUAAUUUGCUGUGAACCAGACAAAUCUAGAGUGUGUUGCAAUGAUAUUGAAUCAAUAUUUUUCUCCCUCGGAUGAAGUGCUCAAAAUAAAAUUUACAUGUUGA